UAAUCAGGUACCAGACAGACAAGAAAUUGCUUGGUCGGCCCUGCGAGGACUGUGCUCUGACUGCCAGAAAGAUUGGCACUGACGCCUGAAUGGCAGCCAUUAUGAAGCUGUUGAGACCUGUAGGAUGUCAAGUAUUUUGCGGCCCUUUUGCCUACAAUGUAGCCCAAAGUAUGGCUUAUUGGAACUUAGGAAGUGGCACGCUACCUGGGGCACAGAACCUGGCUAAACACGUUGAGAGCAUUCAUAGCGCACCCUCUUCUCAGAGGUGCCUGGCAACCAGCAGAACCCUCCUGGGUUUGGAAUUCAACAAGACGAAAGUCGGCCUGUUGCCACCAGACUCACCUAGCGCCCUGAGAGUUGGCAAGGACGUGAAAGUCUAUGAUUCUUUCAAAGUCCCCCGCACUUUCCUGCAGCUGAGACCAGAGUACCAGCUUCACAGCUAUCACCGAUCUGAAAGUGGGCAGCCCCUCUCAGUUUCUGAAGGUGAACUGAUUUUGCACGAAAUCACAGUCUACCGAAAUCAUCUCCAACCCCAAGUCCUGGCUGAUUAUUUCCGCAGGCUGAGCUCUUUGCCUGCAGAGCAGCAUCCGGUUUUGCUGUCCAGUCCUAGCUUUGCUCUGCUCUGCCAGCUGAGUGUGAAGAACAUACAGCUCUUUGAUACCCCAGAUCUGAUGAGUAUUUUGAAAGCCUUUGUCACUGUCAGAGUCCCUCCUUCCCAUCCAAUGCUAGAUGUGUAUGAGACCCAGUUUUGCCAUCAGGUGUGGGAAAUGAGCCUGGACCAGCUUCUCUUGGUGGCUGACCUCUGGCGGAACUUGGGCCACAGAGUGCCUCGGUUCUUUAAAAUCUUUUUCAGUUACCUUAAUUUUCACUGGAAGGAUCUCUCCUUGCCGCAACUCAUUCACUUAAUAUACAUCAUAGGUGAAAAUCGGCAGGCCCCCCAGGACCUCAUGCAAAAACUGGAGUCCCUGAUCCUCAAGUACAUAGAUUUGAUCAAUUUAGAGGAGCUUGGCACAAUCUGCUUGGGGUUCUUUAAAUCAAGUAGCAGUCUCUCGGAAUUUGUCAUGAGGAAAAUGGGAGACUUGGCUUGUGCCGAAAUGCAGCGCCUGAGUAGCCCCGCCUUAGUGAACAUCCUGAAAAUGUUCCGCUUUACCCAUGUAGAUCACACCGAUUUCAUGAAACAGUUUGGACAGAUUGCCCCACAGCGCAUCCCUUCCAUGAGCGUUCAGGGUGCCAUGCAUCUGACGCUUGCCUGUUCGGCCUUGCGUUUCCUGGAUGAAGGGGUAAUGAACACCGUGGCAGCCACGUUGCCGCCUAAGGUAGCACACUGUCGAAGUAAGGAUGUGGCAAAGAUCUUGUGGUCGUUUGGAACUCUGAAUUACAAACCCCCCAACACAGCCGAAUUUUAUUCCUGCCUGAUCAGUGAAAUUCACAGAAAGCGGUCCGAGUUUUACCAGUACCCAGAACACCUGUUCACCUGCUUGCUGGGCCUGGCGUUUUCCGAGUACUUUCCAGUGGAGCUCAUCGAUUUUGCUCUGAGUCCAGGGUUUGUGAGGUUAGCUCAGGAGAGAAGUAAAUUUGAACUCAUGAAGGAGCUCUGCACUCUCGAUGGCACAGUGGGCAUCGAGUGUCCAGACUACAGAGGCAACCGUCUUGAUGCUCACCUUCGGCAAGAGGGGUCUGAAAUGCUGUGGAAUUUAGCCAGGAAGGACAUGUGCGCUAAGCCGGAGUUCCUAGAAGCUCUCUUUGUACUUGAGACCCUGCUGGGCGGGCCCCAGUACAUUAAGCACCAUAUGAUUUUGCCUCAUACCCGAUCUUCAGACCUGGAGGUCCAGCUUGAUGUAAACAUGAAGCCCUUGCCAUUCAACAGCGAAGCUACAUCAACUCCAGACGUAGCCAAAUUGCAGCUUAAGCAUGUGGGAAUCACCCUUACAGACAAUCUGAUGGAGCAGUUACUACAAGGGAAGUCAAGGAAGCAUACCCAGGGGCAAAUGGCAUCCAAGACUGGGCAGCAGCGCAUGGAGUUUGAGAAGAGGGCAGCCAGCCCUUUGGAGGGCUCUCUCUGCAGUGCGACAGACAGGUUGGGGACCACGGAGAUGGCGGAACUGUGCCCCCAAGCCCACCUGCAGACCUUGGGAGUGAAGCUGGCUAUUCAGUUGACAAAUAAGAACCAGUAUUGCUAUGGCUCCAGGCAUCUGCUUGGAUUGCACAACAUGAAGAGGCGGCAGCUGGUUCGGCUUGGAUAUCGUGUAGUAGAGCUAGCCCCCUGGGAAUGGCUCCCACUAUUGAAACGAACUCGCUCUGAAAAGCUGGCAUUCCUCCACGAGAAAGUAUUCACCUCUGCGCUCUGAAGGGCCCUCAGAGGCGUGCUUGCUUGUACUUACACUGUACUAAGUGGUGAAGCAUGUAUAAAAGCCAAACUGUGGGCUUGGGGAGCCAGGGAUCUGUUGUAGGCACCGAGUUGAGCCCCUGUCUAUGUCAGAUUGGAAGUAAGCUAUACAACUGAAAGUUGUAACCUGAUCUGACGGUACAAGUUGCUAAGUUGUGCUCAUCACUCUUAGGUAAAUAAUAAAGAUCUUAUCGUAUGAUCAA